AUGAUUCUCCCAGAGGUUAACACGUCGCUCACCGCCGACUUGCACGUUGCAAGAGCGCUGCCAUAUCACCUGAUCCCGCACAUGGAAGCAGUAGCCGUCAUGGAGAGCAAGUUCCCCUCGCAUAUUGUCCUCGACUACUGGACUACCGACGUGGGCAACUUUUCCACCUGGGCGCCCAAGGAUUAUACCGACAUUUCCAUCGCACCCACCCUCCCGCAAGCCGAGGUGGACGCCGCGACCGCCGCGGGCACCACGGCCGAGCUCUGCGGCGAGAACGAGCUCGUCUGCGCAAAGAGCCACCAGGCGCUCUCCCGGAUCUGCAUGCGCCUCAUUGAGAACCUGAAGGAGGACCGCAGCGACGACAUGGUCCGCGGCACCCCGCAAGACUACUGCCUCGAGAUGGAGACGGAGCACUGCUGCGUCAGCUGGAACGCCAUGGUCGACAAGACGACCCGCAUCGCGGAGCUCGUGCCCGCUGCCGAGAUUGUCUACGAUAAUUGUCGGGACAUGAUGCGAACUUAUGUCUCGGGCAAAGUGUACGGCGCUAUUGUGGGCAAUAAGUGCCUGAAUCAAUGCCUUUCUAACCGGCCGGGUGGCUGCUGA